AUGUUGUCCUGAAAGUACAACGGCGGGAAGGGAAACAAAGCGUAGCGGAGGAGGAGGCGGAGAAGUAGGAGGUGCCAUGCAGGAGGAGGUAUCGAAUUUUGGCCAAUCAAAAAAAGGUGUCUUGUCUGGGCGUUAUUAGCAUGUGGGUCUGUAAAUAGAGCGGGCGCGAGGCGGGCGCUAGUUAUUCUCUGUUCUUUUACUCGAGAAGCAGCAUCAUGCCCGAUCCAGCCAAGGCAGCGCCCAAGAAGGGAUCAAAGAAAGCCGUGACCAAGACGGCCGGCAAAGGAGGCAAGAAGCGCAGAAAGUCCAGGAAGGAGAGCUACGCCAUUUACGUGUACAAGGUCCUGAAGCAGGUGCACCCUGACACUGGCAUCUCAUCCAAGGCCAUGGGCAUCAUGAACUCCUUCGUGAAUGAUAUUUUUGAGCGCAUCGCCGGUGAGUCUUCUCGUCUGGCUCACUACAACAAGCGCUCCACUAUCACCUCCAGGGAGAUCCAGACCGCCGUGCGCCUGUUGCUUCCCGGCGAGCUGGCCAAGCACGCCGUGUCCGAGGGCACAAAGGCCGUCACUAAGUAUACCAGCUCCAAAUAAAGCGCGUUACCGCCGUCUUCAUCAACCCAACGGCUCUUUUAAGAGCCACCCACUUUUCAUACAAAGAGCGAUUUCCUCUCUUUUGCUUUUUCUCUCACGCUGUGUGUGUGUGUGUGUGUGAGAGAGAGAGUGAUAGAGGGGGACUUCUGAAGCGCUGCACUCCUGUGGAUGUUCAGGAUUUUGGGUAAUUAUAGCAGCCUGCUAAAUGCAGAGAUGAGUAUAUUUAAACGGUUGUAGCACGGUUUUGGGGGAUGGGGUUGUAUAAUCUGAGCAAUGCAAAAUGGGGCUUUAGCAGCACAAAGUUAUUCGUAUUAAGAUUGUAGCAAGAGGAAAUAACUGAAAAUGGUUUUCUAGUAGCACAUCAUUAUUAAUUAGAGGUGCCCAAACUUUUUCCUAGGAAGGGCCACAAAUCAAACUUGAUUGAGGGCUGUGGGCCGAAAGUUGCUGUGUGACAAUGUAAACUUAAAAAAAAAAACCCAACAUUUCCAUGUCUAGAGAAGAGGGACAUGGAAAUGUCCCUCUUCUCUAGGGACAUUUUAAAUGUUCUUUAAAAAUUAAAUCAUAAUGAUGAUGCUGUUAAACAGUUCAGAAGCUCCGUGUAUUGUCCUUGAUACGUGAAAACUAGACAAUGCACAGUAAUAACGCUGAUGAGCUGUGUCAGUCAGUCACUGCGUUUACAUGGACAACAAUAAUCCACUAUUAACCCGAUUAAGACAAUAUUCCAAUUAAGAAACUACCAUGUAGACAGCAAUUUUUAAUUACCUUAAUCUGAUUAAGGUCAUACUAGAAGUAAGCACUAAUUGAAUUAAGACAGGUGGAGUACUCCUGUUUUAGUCGCAUUAUCAACGUGUAUUACAGACAUGUAAUCACCUUAAUCACACUAUUAACGUGGUGAGUUUUCACCGCAUUUUGCGACAGGACAUGAUCACACACGGCAGUUAUACGUUUUAUGGCGAACAAGAGAGUUUGGCUGCGUCCCAAACUGCAUACUUUCCUACUAUAGGCCUGUAGUGGGGAUAAAUACAUGUAUCUCGGCUACUAUAUAGAAGGUAAGUACGCGGUUUGGGACUGUUGUGGAUAAAAAAUGUCAUAAAAUAAACAUAAGGGAGACCUAGCAUCCAGCAAAGGGGAGAAGAAGAAAAGACGGGCACCUAGACACAUAGAAGCGGGAUUAGGCGGACAUUGACAAAUUGGAAUUACACUUUAAAGAUCUUUAAGAGCAGUAGUAGUCAAAAAAGUCAAAAAGAGGUAUACGAGCUGAGCUGAGGAGUGCUAAUACACACACACACACACACACGCUCGUACAGUCAAGGGCGGGCAAGUAGACACAACAUACACACACACUCUCUCUUUCUCAUACACACACAUGAAUAACUUUAAUAAUAUCUUAUAGUAAUAGAGAAACUCUCUAUAAAAAACAGAAUAGUAGGAUAUGCAGGACAGUAGAACUGUAAUGAUAUUAAGAAGUUGGAAGUACAGUAAACCGCUUUUCAAGUAGUAUAAAUAUAUAUAAAAUAAGAAAUAUAGUGCAAAUAUGAAAAUAAAUUAUAAACUAGAAAUACAGGAAAAUGUAAACUUACUCAUGACUCAAAUGGUGAAGGUUCUUGUCUCACAAGGAAGGCCUUAAUUUUAAGAAAGAACCAUGAGGAGCCAUUUAUAAGGGUGGCUGAGUCAACCUGCCCCCCCGCGAGAUAACAAUAAGACCAAGGUCACUCUAGAUUGUUUAGUCUUGUCCACUUUCUAUUUUACGGGUUAUUCAAAUUCUCUGGUUUCGAUUCUCUGGGUAAUUCAAAACUCUGGUUUCUGAUUCUCUGAGUAACUAAAAACUCUGGGUUUUUAUUUUCUGGGUUAUUAGAAAUGCCUGGGUUCUGAUUUUAUGUGUAAAUUAAAACCCCUGGUUUCAGUUCUAUGUGUAAGUGAAAUAGCCCUUUUCUGGAACAUAAGAGUAAGGUAAAUGAGCUCUUUUUUAACCCUAUUGGUAGUGAGAUCAUAGUCUUCUUGAAACAUAUGGGUUAUUUAGUGUGUAAAUACAGUAUAAAUACUGGCGCUUAAGCUCAGGGUAUUGGGAUCACUUCUGAGAAUUCUCAUCGGUGUGGAUCUCGUGUGGUGGAAUGGAACAAUAAAGCUGGACCCUUGCUUCUUCUCACUCACGGCUGGUGUAUUUUUUUCUAUCUCCAACUGGGCUCAGAGGUAGAUGUGAGUAUUGGCUUCUAUGUUGAAUUUUAAGUGUUUUUGGGUAAUAGGCUAAAUUUGAGCCAACAGGACGCAGCCCACAGCUUCAAGCAGUUGCCUAUUAGCAUGUAUAGCAUGGCAAAUAAUUAACCGCACUUAAAGCAUUUGUAAAAAAAAAUAAAUAAAAUAAAAACACCCAAAACUGUAUACGGUACCAUAACGAAGACGAACUGUAUGUUGAUAUGUGAAAUUCUGGAGGGACGUCGGACGGCGUGGUAUGGUGACGUAAUGACACGGGCUGUUAAUCUAAUUAUGUUCUAAAACAUGUAAAAUGGGAACAUGACAGGAGUAUUCUAAAAGCAACUCAUGUAAACACCUUAAUCACGUUAUUAUCUUACUCAGAGUAAGGUCAAUAAUUAGAUUACUGCUGUCCAUGUAAACGUAAUCAGUGUAAAAUAGCCCAAACCCACCUUCUGUUUCAGGCGGCAUUGUGCUGGAUGGAGCUUGACUGCCCUCGUGUGUCCAAACUCGGGAACGGCAGUUUCCCAGAAGGGGUAUUCUGUUCCAAGUUCGUGGUAGUUAGCCAAGAAAUAUUACAUGAUUACUAUUACUCUCCCCCCCACCCCCCUUUUUUUUUUUAAACCUGUUUGUGAUAAUUAUUGUAUACAUUACCUUUAUCUUUGUAAUGUUCCUCCCUAUUUGUCACCUAUUCUCGAGUAAAAUAGAUGAGGCCACGUAGGGAACACAUGAAGCAGUGAUGAGAAUGAAAUUUCUACUAUUAGAAAUACAUUAAUAUUUUCAUAUUACAAAUCAAUUUGUGUACUUUAACAUUAUAUAAUAUACAUAGCAGUAUAUUUAUCAAUUCAAUUUUUAUUUAUUUGUAUAGCGCUUUUACAAUAGACAUUGUCUCAAAGCAGCUUUACAGAAAUAUCAAAUUAUUUAUCAUCAUCAUCAUCAUCAUCAUCAUGUGUGAAUAUGCUUUAAAUGUGUUUGUGUGCUGUCUGUAUACCGUGUCUCUUUCCGUCUGUCUGGCCGGCACGCGCACAUAUAUAGUGAAAUCGGAGCAGCGUUCAGAGUUCUAGACCUGUCCUAGUGGUAUGCGUGACCAUUUUCCCCGUUUAUGACGCCGCGAAUGUCGAGUUAUUAAACGUUGUGGUAUCUGAGCAGGCCUCUGUAUUCAUUUGAACGGAGUUGUAUUAAAUCAUUGCUGUAUCUAACCUUUGCAUUUUGGUAAAUAAAUAAAUGACUUUUAUCCAAA